AUGUCAAUAUAUUCAUAUCUAUCUAUCUAUCUAUCUAUCUAUCUAUCUGUCUAUCCCAUUCUGCAUUCUUUUCUAUCUAUCUAUCUAUCUAUCUAUCUAUCUAUCUAUCUAUCUAUCUAUCUAUCUCUUUCUCCCCUCUCUCUCUCUCUCUCUCUCUCUAUAUAUAUAUAUAUAUAUAUAUAUAUAUAUAUAUAUAUAUAUAUAGAAUGGUUCUUCUCUUUCUUUUUCUCCCCCUUACUAUAUCUUUCCCUCUCUAUCGCUUUCCCUCUCAUACUCUCUUUCUGUUUCUUCCUCUCUAUCUCUCUGCUCCUUUUCCCUCCCUCUCUCCCUCUUUCCCUCUGCAUCUUUGUCUAUCAUAGACUUGAUUACGUCAUGUCACCAAUGGAUAUCGAUUCCACUUUCCCUCUCUCCCCUCUCUCUUUUUUACCUCCAUCGCUCUCCCUUUCUCACCCCCUAUCCUUUGAGCUCGCUCUUUCUAUCUCUUGCUCUCCUUCUCUCCCCAUCUUGUUCUUUCUCUUUCUCUCUCUCUCUCUUUCUCUCUCUCUCUCUCUCUCACUCUCUCUCUCUCACUGUCUUUCUAUUUAUCUCUUCCUUCGCCCGCUCUUCUACGUUCUCUCCUUCUCUCUCCGUCUCUCUUUCUUUUUCUCUUUCUCGCUCUCGUUCUUCCUCUCUUUCCCUAAAUCCCCUCUCUCUUUCUUUAUAUCUCUUUCCUCUCUCCUCUCUUUCUUUCUUCCUCUACAUCGUUCGCACUCUUCCUAUCUUUCGAUCUCUCUCUCUCUAUCUAUCUUUUUCUCCUUUCUUCCCACUCCUACUCUCCUUUUUUCUCAUUCUCCUCUCUUUCUUUCCAUCUUUUUCCUCUCAUACUGUAUCUCUAUCGCUAUCACUCUCUUUCUCCCCUUCCCUCUUCCUCGCUUCCCUUCUCUGACUCUCCAUCGUUCUACACCCCUCUCUCUUUCUCUUUUUACCUCUGCCACUUUCUCUACCAUGGCCUCUCAUUCCGUUCUCGCUAACCUAUAUUCCUAG